CGCGGUACUCAUUAUGACCAUGAUUGAGUUAUUUAGCAAGCCGGUGCCCGACAAUAUAUUGUAGCCAUAAGCUACUUACCCUUCUAUCCUCUCCCGAGUAAUUCAAACACUAUGGGUCAGCCUCAGUCUCACUCAGUAGGCGUUCAGAGAGAUGCUGCCGGCACUCCUAUGCUCCGGCGUCUUCGCCGUAAACUUACAGACAGGAGCCUGAGACCAGAUACCGGACUGCGGCAAGGCCAAGGCCAUGCUAUAGGGUCGGGCGGACUUGCUACCAAUCGUGGCAAGCCCCCAUAUUCUAGGUAUAAGAUCAAGUCUCCCGUGCCGAUUCGAUAUGUCACAGAAGAUGUACGCAACCCAAACCACAUCGCGUUCCCGAGUUCCGAACAACGUGACGGUCACUUUGGCACGACAAGUAGACUCCAGGAGAAAACUGUGGUAUCAAGUUCUACAACAUCUCAGCCGCGUAUCCCCGUGCCUCCUACUUGUAUGGCUACAUCGACGUCAGACUCUCCUCCAAACUGGCCGCUUCGGGAGCCCAACCCCAUCCCUCAGACUCCUGUCCGGAUUCAAAAUCAGCCUCCCAUGGUGGAAAACGCGGACAGACCUAUUCGUGAUUAUCAGGGCGCUUUCCCUUCCAGAGAGGAACAAAGCCGAGCUCUUAGGCAAGAUGCUUUACGGAGGCUCCCGGUUGGUCACGAAUCUUCCCUGUAUGUGCAGCCAGAGCCCGUCAAGGCAUUUGGUCAUGUACCUGGUGCCUUCCCUGAUCAGGACGAGCCAACAAUUAUCAAUGCUGUACGAGUCUCGGACGUGACCCAACUACCCACGAUGUCUCCUGACAACCCAGAACACGCAGCCUCUUGGGAAGCGCUUGCGGAUGCAGAUUUCACCUUGUCUUACGUCAAGGAGUCUAUCAGGAGCCAACCCGGACCGAACGUGCGGAUAGAGGCUGAACACAACGUAAGCUCUCGGCCUGAUUACUCAAAAAUACCCGACUGGUGGGUCGUCGAUACACCGAGAUGCCAAAACAUGCCUCAGGAUGUGUCCGACUUCUCUUCAAGAAAUCUGGCGACUUCGAAGAACAGGGUGGACUCCUUCCGGAACGAGCGUGAUUCUUCGAAGGGAUUGGAUCGGCCAUCAAAGUCCAGCGAUGCUUCCAUAGAGCCGCCCCACAGCUUAGAAGCUUCUCUGACCCGAGCCUCAGUUUGGCGAGGCAAGGUAUCACUCGAAGACGCGAUUCAGCAAGCCAAAGACCAUAUGGUGGCUCUGGAGACUCUUCACAAGAUCGAACUUGAAGCGAAUGAAACAAUGGCCAAGCAAGAGGAGGAAGAGAACCGUAGACGUGCUGCCGAGUCACAGCCAAAGUUUAGAGAUUGUACCGUGUGUUGCGAUUCGUGCCACCCUUUGACCUUCCCUGCCAAACCACCAUCCAACGAUUGCACUCACAGGUCCGAAGCCUGCCCUGCUUGCCUCCAGGCAUGGGUGAAUACAAAGAUAAAAGACAACGCUAGGAGAGCAAUUGCCUGCCCACAAUGCACUAAGAUCUUGAGUCACCACGAUGUCCGUCGCGCCUGUGACCCAGAGACAUUCGACAGAUAUGACAAGUUUGCCAUGCUCACCGUCGUCGAUGAGAUACGAGACUUUCAUUGGUGCUUACGAAGUGGAUGCACAGGAAGUCAAGAGGUUCUUGACGUCAAUCAGAACUACAUGCAGUGUCACGCCUGCGACUACGAGCAAUGUCUCCAACACAAGAUGGCCUGGCACGCCUCAGAGACCUGCGAACAAUACGAUGAAAGACUUGCCAACCAAGACGACAAGAGACUUCGCGAUGACGAGGAGCGCAAGACUAUCAGAUAUAUGAUUGAACAACAAGCUGCCAAGGGAAGGCGUAGGGAGUGCCCUAAAUGCAAAAACAUCAUUCCCAAAGGCAAGCAGAUUCCGAAGAACUGUCCAAUACUGGGAUGUGGCGGCUCUCUUGAAGAAACGGCCGUGUGGAAGAAAUGCCCAAAAUGCCAAAGCAUGAUCGAGAAAAUUGAUGGCUGCGAUCAGAUGACAUGUGGUAACAGAGCGUGUCAGCAGAAGUUUUGCUGGAUAUGUUUGGUGACGUGGGAAAAGAAGUUGAAGGACAAGUGUAAAGCGCAUGCUGAGUAUUGCAUGUACAGGAAUGGAGGAUACGCGCAUACAUACAGAUAGGAAUUGUCUGACUAGAUCUUGGUACUCGAAUGAUACAUAAUCUAAACAGUCUUAUGUUGAGAGAGA